ACAGCCCACACCUAUCUCAUCGGCGACUGUCCUGUAGAAGUUCGUCCAUGUUGUCGUCCAUGUCCUCGCCCGUCUCCUCGACGCCUUCUUCCCCACGAGGCGCGCCUUCCCCGCUGAGUGGUCUAUCGUCGCCAUCCUCUUCUUCUCCUCGCCUUCCACGUGUGCGCUCGCGCCCCCGUCUCACACCCCGCCCAUCCCUCGAUCGCAUCGCAGAAGAGGCAUCACCCGAGGCUGAUACAGUCCCCCAUCCGACCUCUGCACCACCCGUAUCCAUGAUGGUGAAGUCCCCGAGCUCCCCCGCUUUGGCCCGCGUGAAAGAUCAGUGGGAUGGGCCAGGGAGCGUGAACUACGCCGGGACAGAGCCAAAGAGACGCAGUUGGAGGCCACCGCAGUGGAAUGGGAAGAGGGGGAUCGCUGUCGGGCAUGAGAUGAAGGAGAGCUGUGGAAUCUGUUUCGAGACGGCGGUGAAGCCGAACAAGACCAGGUGUUGCGGGCAAUUGUUCUGCUUCCAACACUUGUCUGACUGGCUCUCAAGUCAUGGUUCCGAUGGUCGCUGCCCGACGUGCCGCGUCCCUUGUUCGCUCGAGCACGACACGAUUUACCUGCACCCCCCACCACGCAUACUCGCCCCGCGCCCAAAUAGGCGCCGCUCGAGCAGUGCUGGGCGCUCUCGCCGGCCCGCCGGGGCCGCGCCCCAACACCGCCCAUCAAGCCCUGAGCCGAGCUCAUCGACGACGUACGAUAGCAGCGCCUCGUCGUCUUCCGAUAGCGAGCACACCACCAUGCGGGGACGGAGACAGACCGCACCGGCGCUGCUGCCGCCGCUGGGGCUGUCGCUGUCGGUACCGAUGCAUGCGGCGUCGUCUGAGCAACUGUUGCUCUCGCCGAUCUCGCAGCAGCCCGAGGAAGUGCUGUUGCGCGGGGCUGCGCGGGCCUUGACGCUCGUGGGCGGUGCGCUUGUGCUGGGUGCGUUGUUGUACUGAGCGAGGGGGUGUAUUUUUAGAGAGGGCGUGUAGCGUUAAAUUAGAUCGUAGAGCUGUUUUCCCCCUUGUUUUCCUCUGCUUUCCCCGGUGCGUUUUCAUUCGGGUGUAUUUUUAGUUCUCCAAGUCUGGCCUGUCUGGCGGGCCUGACUCUCGGGUGUUGUUGCUGAUAGGCGCCCUUCUGCUGCCUGCUGUUCGCUGGUAUAUGUACAGUAUGUACCCGACUGUGGAAUGUUCAAUAUUCACAAACGAGGACUCGGUGAGGUCGAUGUCCGAGGUGAGUCGAGCACUCUACCGCACGAUGAGCAAUAGUCUCGAUGAGCUGUAUCUUAUUGCCUCGUUGAUCUUGAUGAGUGGAUGGUCGGAGAUCACGGGUUGCUAUGGUGGAAGGCUUUCACCCCUUGGCGCAGCGCAUUCCGUGACGAGCGACGCUGCUUUGUGAUCUCGAACCCAUCACGGACGGGCGGGCGCCGUUGCUCAAUGUGCAAGCAGCUGCUGUACGAAGGUGAGCAAGGGAGUCGACCCAAUGGGG